CGGUAUUGUGUGGCGAACAAAAUAACAGAAACUGCGUCUUCUACACAGUUCUCACAAGCAUCAUAUCAUCAAACACAGGGCUUUGCUAGGGUUUAAAGUUCGCUGCUCCUGUCUGAUGAUUUGGACCCUUAUCACUCCCUACUCAUUAAAUCUCCAUUGAAUUCAGACAGAAGACAUAUCUAUCGAGAGAGAAAAAAAUGCUCCCUAACGCAAAGGUUAUUCGCCUGUUAGCUCGUCGAUGUCUCUCCUCAUCGCGUGCACAAGAUUUCGCCUAUCAGAAACUCAGGGGAGUAGCUGUUGGGAGUUGUAGGAGAUUGAAUACAGGUUCUGGCAAUCCUGCCAAAGUUCUUGGAGAUCACGCUUCUAAAUCUGGGCAUGACCGGAGAUGGAUCAGCUUUGGAGGUUUUAAUUCUAAUUUUGGUUCGAGAAGGUCUAUUCAUGGAACAGGCUCUUCAUCUAUGUCAUCUAAGGACUACUAUGAACUUCUUGGUGUGAACAAGAAUGCCACAGAUGGUGAAAUCAAGAAGGCUUAUUACGGGCUAGCUAAGAAACUCCAUCCUGAUAUGAAUAAAGAUGACCCAGAAGCUGAGAAGAAGUUCCAAGAGGUCUCAAAAGCAUAUGAAAUUUUGAAAGAUAAGGAGAAGCGUGACCUUUAUGACCAGGUUGGGCAUGAAGCAUUUGAGCAAAAUGCUAGCGGUGGGUUUCCAAAUGACGGAGGAGGAGGCUUUGGUCAAGGUUUUGACCCGUUUGAUAACCCAUUUGAUAUCUUCGGUCAGAUCUUUAACAGAAACAAGCAAGCUUUCGGAGGUCAAGAUGUCAAGGUUUUGCUUGAACUUUCUUUCAUGGAAGCUGUUCAAGGAUGCUCCAAAACUGUGACUUUUCAAACUGACAUGGCUUGUAACACUUGUGGUGGACAAGGUGUUCCUCCUGGUACCAAACGUGAAAGAUGCAAAGCCUGUGAUGGCUCUGGGAUGACAACGAUGAGAAGGGGUAUAUUAAGCAUCCAACGAACUUGCCAACAGUGUGGUGGAGCUGGUCAAACGUUCUCAAGUAUUUGCAAAUCAUGUAGAGGGGCUAGAGUGGUUCCAGGACAGAAGUCAGUGAAAGUCAAUAUUGAUCCAGGGGUUGACAAUAGCGACACAAUAAAGGUGGGAAGGGCGGGUGGGGCUGAUCCCGAAGGUGACCAACCUGGUGAUCUUUAUGUUAUUUUCAAGGUUCGUGAAGAUCCAGUGUUCCGAAGAGAGGGAUCAGAUAUUCAUGUGAAUUCGGUUCUCAGUGUUACUCAGGCCAUUCUUGGAGGAACCAUUCAAGUUCCAACACUUACCGGUGAUGUCGUCGUGAAGGUCCGUCCUGGAACACAACCUGGUCAGAAAGUAGUGCUACGGAAUAAAGGUAUUAGGGCAAGAAAGUCAACUAGAUUUGGGGAUCAGUAUGUGCAUUUUAACGUCAGCAUCCCUGCGAAUAUAACGCAGAGACAGCGUGAACUGCUUGAGGAAUUCGUUAAAGAAGAACAAGGUGAAUAUGAGAAGCGCACUGCUUCUGGAUCUUCCCAGUGACAAACUACAAAAAUGCUAUAGCUGAAAACUAUUCAUAAUGGCAGUAUCAUCAAAAACCUUGAAAUCAUCUUCUUCUUAAUCGAAAUAUCAGUUGCGUUAGGAUUAGUGAAAGUAUUUGUUUUCCUACUCCUUAGUUUUAACUAAUUCUACAAAUGCUACAAGAUAAAAAAAGAAGAAGAAACGUGUUGUUAUUGCCUGUUUUUGCUUGUCAACGUUUCAUGGUUUAUAUAGAUUACGUUUCAUGUUUUGGUUCUCUCCA